GACUUUAUUUCGUAACGUGAUAGUGAACCCAAAAUUAUUAUAAAAACAUACAACGUCUACACAUAAUUAAAUCCCAUCGAUCCUGGACAACAGUUAUAACUUAUACGUUAUUUCGCUAUGCCGGAAACCAACCGAGGUAUGAAAGGUGAGCACUAAACCAACUGACACGUCACGUGACGUGACGUGACGCAAGCCAACAUGGCGCCGCAGUGCUGAGGCAGCAGCAGCCCCGUCUCACCCGCCGCUCUGGACCACAGACACCGAGAACCAGCCUGGUUUACCUUAGCCUCUCUCCGCCCCCUGCCUCCACGCAGGGCCACAGGGCCAGGCCCGACAUGACGGCCUGAACCGGCAGCACCUCCACCGCUCCCCCGGCCAGAGAUGCUCCAGCAGCAGCCGCGACGACCACCCUCCUCUCACCCACAACACGCAUCCCGGUCCCCGGCGGAGAGCACCCGCACCAAGAGCAUGUUCCUCUCCCGGGCGCUGGAGAAGAUCCUUUCCGACAAGGAGGUGAAGAGGAGCCAACACAACCAGCUACGGAAAGCCUGCCAGGUCGCACUCGAUGAAAUCAAGGUUGAGCUCGAGAAACAAAAAGAUGGCACAGUUGUUCCACCCAGGGCGAACUACAUCGAGGCCGAUAAGUACGUCCUGCCGUUUGAGCUGGCCUGUCAAUCAAAGUCCCCCCGGAUAGUCAGCACCUCCCUCGACUGUCUGCAGAAGCUGAUCGCCUACGGGCACAUCACAGGGAACGCACCCGAUGGAGGGAGCCCGGGGAAGAGGCUCAUCGACCGCCUGGUGGAGACCGUGUGCAACUGCUUCCAGGGGCCCCAGACCGACGACGGGGUUCAGCUGCAGAUCAUCAAGGCCCUCCUGACGACAGUGACCUCCCCCCACAUCGAGAUCCACGAGGGCACAGUUCUGCUGACGGUGCGGACCUGCUACAACAUCUACCUGGCCAGCAGGAACCUCAUCAACCAGACCACGGCCAAGGCCACGCUCACGCAGAUGCUCAACGUCAUCUUCACGCGCAUGGAGAGCCAGGCAGCUCUGGAGGCCCAGCAGGAGCAGGAGAAGGACCGGCUCCGCCCUCCCCAGCAGCACCCCUCCCCCGUCCCAGGAGGAGGAGGAGGAGGAGGAGGAGGAGGCGGGGGGAGGAGGAGGAGGUCAGGGUCGCCCCGCUCCGACCGCUCCCCCACCCCCGAGCCCGGCAGCUCUGCCUCCCCCUCCCCCGCCGCCAGCACUCCCGACCUGACCGCCGUCGACCCCGGCACCGCCACCACCCCGACCCCCACUCCCCCUCCUCCGCCCGCCCCGGCGGAAGACGUCGCCAUGGAAACGCCCUCCAUCAACGGGGAGGCUGAGCACGGUGAUGCCGCGGAGGAGGAGGAGGAGGAGAGAGGAGGAGGAGGAGGAGCAGCAGUAGUGGUGGAGCACCCAAUGCCCUCCACAGACUCUGUGUUUGAGGAAGAGGCCUCAGCGUCUCCCCCGAGUGACGGGACCCCCCCCAGUGAUGGGACCCCCCCCAGUGAUGGGACCCCCCCCAGUGACCAGGCCACCCCCCAUAGCGAUGGGGCCACACCCCCGGAGGUGGGCGACGACCAGCCAGAGUACGAGAGCGCACAGUCCCGGCCCGCCACGGAGGGGGAGGAGCCUCCGACCAUGACCCCGCCCACACAGACCCACACAGGGUCGGACUCCCCGGCCCCGCCGCGUGUGGAGCACCCCGAGCCAGCGCCCCCCAGGGUCCGGGCGGACCACCACACCAACGGCAUCGUGGAGGACCGGGCCUCAGUCUCCUCCACGGACCUGCUGGACGCAGAGACCCUGCAGGGGGGCCAGUCCGCGGUGCGGUUCUCCCACAUCCUCCAGAAGGACGCCUUCCUCGUGUUCCGCUCCCUCUGCAAGCUCUCCAUGAAGCCGCUGGCCGACGGGCCCCCGGACCCCAAGUCUCACGAGCUGCGCUCCAAGGUGGUCUCCCUCCAGCUGCUGCUGUCGGUGCUGCAGGGGGCGGGGCCCGUGUUCCGCACCCACGAGAUGUUCGUCAACGCCAUCAAGCAGUACCUGUGCGUGGCGCUCUCCAAGAACGGCGUCUCCUCGGUGCCCGAGGUGUUCGAGCUGUCGCUGGCCAUCUUCCUCACCCUGCUCUCCCACUUCAAGGUCCACCUCAAGAUGCAGAUAGAGGUCUUCUUCAGGGAGAUCUUCCUGACCAUCCUGGAGACGUCCUCCAGCUCCUUCGAGCACAAGUGGAUGGUCAUCCAAACCCUCACGCGCAUCUGUGCAGACGCCCAAUGCGUGGUGGACAUCUACGUCAACUACGACUGCGACCUCAACGCGGCCAACAUCUUCGAGCGGCUCGUCAACGACUUGUCCAAGAUCGCCCAGGGCCGGAGCGGACAGGAGCUGGGCAUCAGCCCCCUUCAGGAGCUGAGUCUGCGUAAGAAGGGUCUGGAGUGUCUGGUGUCCAUCCUCAAGUGCAUGGUGGAGUGGAGCAAAGACCUCUACGUCAACCCCAACCUGCAGGCCAACCUGGGCCAGGAGCGGUCGUCGGAGGGCGAGGGGGCGGAGCUGAAGCUGCCGGACCACCUGGCGGGGCGGCGGGACAGCGUGAGCUCCCUGGACUCCAGCGUGUCGUCCAGCCUGCCCUCGGGACACCCGGACCACCCCGAGCAGUACGAGGUCAUCAAGCAGCAGAAGGACAUCAUCGAGAACGGCAUCGAGCUGUUCAACAAGAAGCCCAAGAGAGGGGUCCAGUACCUGCAGGAGCAAGGCAUGCUGGGAACGACCACCGAGGACAUCGCCCAGUUCCUCCACCACGAGGAGAGGCUGGACACGACCCAGGUGGGCGAGUUCCUGGGGGAGAACAUCAAGUUCAACAAGGAGGUGAUGUACCGCUACGUGGACCAGCUGGACUUCUGCGGCGGGGACUUUGUCUCGGCGCUCAGGGCCUUCCUCCAGGGCUUCCGGCUGCCCGGAGAGGCCCAGAAGAUCGACCGGCUCAUGGAGAAGUUCGCCGCACGCUACCUGGAGUGUAACCAAGGCCAGACCAUGUUCGCCAGCGCGGACACUGCCUACGUGCUGGCCUACUCCAUCAUCAUGCUCACCACCGACCUGCACAGCCCCCAGGUGAAGAACAAGAUGACCAAGGAGCAGUACAUCAAGAUGAACCGCGGCAUCAACGACAGCAAGGACCUCCCCGAGGAGUACCUGUCCUCCAUCUACGACGAGAUCGCCGGCAAGAAGAUCGCCCUAAAGGAGAGCAAGGAGCACACCAUCACCCCCAAGAACAGCAAGCAGAACGUGGCCAGUGAGAAGCAGCGCAGGCUACUCUACAACGUGGAGAUGGAGCAGAUGGCCAAGACGGCCAAGGCCCUGAUGGAGGCCGUCAGCCACGCCCAGUCGCCCUUCUUCAGCGCCACGCACCUGGAGCACGUCAGGCCCAUGUUCAAGCUGGCGUGGACGCCCCUGCUGGCCGCCUUCAGCGUGGGGCUGCAGGACUGUGACGACCCCGACGUGGCCACGCUGUGCCUGGAGGGGAUCCGCUGCGCCAUCCGCAUCGCCUGCAUCUUCAGCAUGCAGCUGGAGCGUGACGCCUACGUCCAGGCCCUGGCCCGCUUCACCCUGCUGACGGCGAGCUCCAGCAUCACGGAGAUGAAGCAGAAGAACAUCGACACCAUCAAGACGCUCAUCACCGUGGCCCACACCGACGGCAACUACCUGGGCAACUCCUGGCACGAGAUCCUGCGCUGCAUCAGCCAGCUGGAGCUGGCCCAGCUGAUUGGGACGGGGGUGAAGACCCGCUACAUCUCGGGGGUGGUCCGGGACCGCGAGGCCGGGCUGAAGGGCUUCCCCGCGGGCGGCGACGACUUCAUGCCCAUGGGCCUCGGAGGCCUGGUGGGGGGGCAGGACCGGCGGCAGAUGGCCCACCUCCAGGAGUCCGUGGGAGAGACCAGCUCCCAGAGUGUGGUGGUGGCCGUGGACCGAAUCUUCACUGGGUCUACCAGACUAGAUGGAAACGCAAUCGUUGACUUUGUGCGCUGGCUGUGCGCCGUGUCCAUGGACGAGCUGGCCUCCACCCACCAGCCGCGCAUGUUCAGCCUGCAGAAGAUCGUGGAGAUCUCCUACUACAACAUGAACCGCAUCCGCCUGCAGUGGUCCCGCAUCUGGCAGGUCGUCGGAGACCACUUCAACAAGGUGGGCUGCAGUCCCAACGAGGACGUGGCCAUCUUCGCGGUGGACUCCCUGCGGCAGCUGUCGAUGAAGUUCCUGGAGAAGGGCGAGCUGGCCAACUUCCGCUUCCAGAAGGACUUCCUGCGGCCCUUCGAGCACAUCAUGAAGAAGAACCGCUCGCCCACCAUCCGGGACAUGGUGAUCCGCUGCGUGGCCCAGAUGGUCAACUCGCAGGCCGCCAACAUCCGCUCGGGCUGGAAGAACAUCUUCUCGGUGUUCCACCAGGCGGCGGGCGACCACGAGGAGUCCAUCGUGGAGCUGGCCUUCCAGACCACCGGACACAUCGUCUUGAACACCUUCCAGCAGCACUUUGCGGCCGCCAUCGACUCCUUCCAGGACGCGGUGAAGUGUCUGUCUGAGUUCGUCUGCAACGCCGCCUUCCCUGACACCUGCAUGGAGGCCAUCAGGCUCAUACGCCACUGCGCCAAAUACGUCUCGGAGCGGCCGCAGGCCCUCAGGGAGUACACCAGUGAUGACAUGAACGUCGCCCCCGGCGACCGUGUGUGGGUGCGGGGGUGGUUCCCCAUCCUGUUUGAGCUGUCCUGCAUCAUCAACCGCUGCAAGCUGGACGUCCGGACCAGGGGCCUGACGGUGAUGUUCGAGAUCAUGAAGAGCUACGGCCACACCUUCGAGAAGCACUGGUGGCACGACCUCUUCCGCAUCGUCUUCAGGAUCUUCGACAACAUGAAGCUCCCCGAGCAGCAGACAGAGAAAACGGAGUGGAUGACGACCACGUGUAACCACGCGCUGUACGCCAUCUGCGACGUGUUCACGCACUUCUACGAGCCGCUCAGCGAGGUGCUGCUGGCCGACAUCUUCAAGCAGCUGCAGUGGUGUGUCCGGCAAGAGAACGAGCAGCUGGCUCGCUCGGGGACCAACUGCCUGGAGAACCUGGUGAUCGUGAACGGGGAGAAGUUCAGCCCUGACGUCUGGGACCUGACCUGCUCCUGCAUGCUGGACAUCUUCCAGACCACCAGCCCCCACGUCUUGUUGACAUGGCGACCGGCCGGACAGGAGGAGGAGUACGGAGACGCCAAGCACUCGGAGGUGGACUUUGACAGCCAGUCCCAGUGCAGCUAUGACAGAGCUCUGUCAGAGAGGGCUCACAGCCAGAUGUCCAGCGAGGACACCUGGAAGGGAAAGUCCAACACGCGAGUGAGCGACCAGAAGCUGUUUGCGGGGCUACUCAUCCGUUGCGUGGUGCAGCUGGAGCUCAUCCAGACCAUCGACAAUAUCGUGUUCUACCCGACGACCAGCAAGAAGGAGGACGCCCAGAACAUGGCCGCCGCCCAGAGAGACACCCUGGAGGCCUGUGAGGGGGCGGGGCCUGAGGGGGCGGAGUCUGAGCAGGGCAUGUACGCCGCCCUGACCUCGCAGCACCUCUUCAAGCUGCUGGACUGCCUGCUGGAGUCCCACACCUUCGCCAAGGACUUCAACUCCAACAACGAGCAGAGGACGGCACUCUGGAGGGCCGGCUUCAAGGGGAAGUCCAAGCCCAACCUGCUGAAGCAGGAGACCAGCAGCCUGGCCUGCAGCCUGAGGAUCCUCUUCAGGAUGUACUCUGACCCCCAGCUCACCCCCUCCUGGCCCCACAUCCAGACGCGCCUGCUGCUUGUGUGUGGCGAGGCCCUGUCCUACUUCAUCAGCCUGACGUCAGAGAGCCACAGAGAGGCCUGGACCAGCCUGCUGAUGCUGCUACUGACCAGGACUCUGAGGCUACCGGACAACAAGUUCGAGCCCCACGCGUGCUGCUACUACCCCCAGCUGUGUGACAUGAUGCAGUUCGACCUGAUCCCCGAGCUGAGGGCCGUGCUGCGCCGCUUCUUCCUGCGCAUCGGCUCCGUCUUCCACAUCUCGGCACCCGAGGCCCGGGCCCUCACCCCCCCCACCCCCCCCUCCUAGGACCCCCCCUCCCCCAAACCCCGCCUGCUAGGGGACGGACCCCGGCCUGAUGGGGGGGGCCCCGGAGACUCGGAGAGAGGCGGAGGAGGGCCGCCGUUAGGACACAGAGGAGGAGUGGUUAAAUCACCCCUCCCACCCUCUCUCCCUCUCUUUCUCUCUCCCUCUCUCCCUCUCCCUCUCCUUCUGUUACCCCACCCUGUGCCGGACUGUGACGGGUGCAGGUGGAGAAGAGACUGUAGCUGUUCUACUCUGAUCAGAACUCUUUGAAGUGCAAUGUUUGCCUCACCCUCGCUCUCCCUUUCUCUCCCUCCUCCUCUCUCCCUACCUCCCUCUCUCCGUCUUCCCUUCCUCUCGCCCCCUUUCCCUCCAUCGUCCCUCCCUCCCUCUCUGUUCCUCCCUCUCUCCCCUGCCUCCUAUGGGAGAAGUGUUAAGUGAUGUUUUGUUUUGGGUCUGAGGUUCUGAUGCUUUGCGUGGACCAGGACCUGGACCUGUGUCUCAAUGGGGGGGGGGAUGAGGGGUUCACUGUGACCACAUCACAACCCCCGCCAACCAUCAUCUCUAAAAGAACUUGAUACUAAAUCCUAAUUUAUUGAUAUUCCAAACGGUGGGUUUGAUUUUGGGACUGGGUUUCGUUUUUGUUUGGUUAGUUUAGCCUGACUUGGUUUGACUUGGUGUGUUGUUGUGUGUGACCAAAGCAAAGAGAUGUUUCUGUGUCUUCAGGGUGGAUGACGCGUGUCGGGUGAAUGCCGUGUUCUGGUGACCUCCUGUGUAGACAUCUUGACACUACUGUGAUCGAACUACCAAUCAAACGCCUCAGUUGCUCUGCUCCUCACCGCCUCUUUCUGCUCCUCACCGCUCCUCUCCCGUUGGGUUCUGUUGGUUAGUUUACCCUAAGGCGCGGGGACAUUUGGCGUGGUACUUGGUAAUAUUAUGGGGUGUAUCAGGAGGCCUUGGGGGGGGGGGGGGGGGGGGGACCGGCUGUUACCGUGGCAACCCGACGGGGGGUCUCGCCUCACCCAGCACCGCUUGGUUUCCAUGACACACACACACACACACACACACACACACACACACACACACACACACACACACACACACACACACACACACACACACACACACACACACACACACACACACACACACACACACACACACACACACACACACACACACACACACGUGCGCCUCCAGCUCAUAAUACAAGCCGCCAUGCAGAAGAUUUUACGUAUUUAUUUUUUUUCGCUAAGUUUUGCUUUUAUCCGUUCGGAUCUUUCCGAUGACGUCUCGUUCUUUUGUCACGUUCCCGUAUGAUUCCGGAUCCAAUCGCCGCAGCGCUCCUGCUAAUGUAUCGCCCCCCCCCCCCUCCUCGUGACCACGGGUCAUCAGGCCUGGGCCCGCAAUGCCUUAAUGAUGUCCAGGAGGGGCUCCAUCCCCUUAUUUUCUACGCCUGGUUUACACAUCUGUGAGUCCCGUCUCUGUUCGCGCCAAACGACGCGCCAUUUCUGUCUGAUUCCGAUGAUUGUCAAAACGUCCCGUCCGUCGACCAAACCGUGGGGAAGCCCUCAUCUUAAGCUUUUGGAGUUGAUGCUGGUCUUUUUUUUAAUAUAUAUAUAAUUAUUUAAAGUGCAUAUAUCGUUUCUUUUUUUCUGAAGCAUUCCUCCCCUCGGCUCUGGAUGUGUACUUUUCUUCCCUGAUGUUCGGGAAUAUAUAAAUAUAUAUAAAUACCGCAUAUGAAGAAACUGUACAAUUUCCUGUAAAAUACAUAGAAAUGAAAAAGUGCUAUACUGUUAUAUACAUAAUAUUGUGAUGUAAUCUUGAGAGCCUUUGGUGAAAUAAUCAAUAAACCCUGACUUCUGAUCGAGUUAA